GACUGGCGCAUGAGACAUGUUCCAAAAACACAUCACGUGUAUUUGAACCUCUUGACAUCCUUGAAUCACGACAAGGCUUGACUAUUCCCCUUCCCCUGUACGCAAAAGCAUGUGUUUGCCCAUCUGAAAUGCUCACCCAUUACAAAUCCACCCUCCUGGGCAUUCUACAAACUUCCGCCUGACAAAUACAAGCUUCGAGAGAUGUCUAUAAAGAGAUGCAGUUCAGACCCUCCGUGAACUCAUCAAUUGCAGCUCUUCUUUACAUUGACAAGAUAAACCAAUGCCUGCAUUCACAAAGUUCGUCGUCGCUGGUGGUACCGGCAAGAUUGGCCGUCAAAUCUCCCUCGCCCUCCUCGAACGGGGCUUUCAGGUGACAGUCUUGAGUCGGAAGGAGACGGAUGCCGAACUCACACAGAAGGGAGCCAAGCUGGCAAUUGCUGAUUACAGCUCAGACAGUCAAUUGACCGAUCUGUUGCGAGGUUCUCAAGUCGUCAUCAAUACACUCGGUAUGGAGAGUUUCGCGGCAGACCUCCAAACAACCCUUGCAAAAGCCGCAAAAGCUGCUGGCGUGCAGCUCUUCGUGUCGAAUGACUUUGGCGUCGACUACGACAUCAUCCAAGCACACGACCAGCUCGAUCUCCAUGCAUUCGUGCAGGGGAAAGCUGAUUUUGCUCAAACCCUCAAGGAAAUUGGUCUUGACUCGCUGCAAUUCUACACGGGCUUUUUCGAUUCUGCACUUGCAUGGCUCUUCCAAGCCGACACGGAAAAGAGGACGGCUCGCAUUCCUGGCACAGGUGAUCGACCUUUUGCCAUCACGACUGAGCAUGAAGUCGGCCAAUUCGUUGCAACCGCCUUCCAAAACCUCAAGGAAGAAGAAUUACGCAACACAACGCUACGUUUCGCAUCCACCGUCCUCUCCCCGAAUGAGCUGUUCAAACAGGUUGGCGACUACAAGAUUGAAUACGCCCCCGUCGAGGACAGUGAACGGGCAGCAAAGGACCUUUCCCUGGGUCUUGAAAGCUUUGCGGGUUGGCUUCGUCUUGUCAUUAUGCAUGGUGCCAUGUCGUGGGAGGGCACCAAUGAUUCCGAAAGGAUCGGCUACAAGCCCACAGACGACGUCUUUGCAAACCUCAGAUAGGUCCACACAGCUGCAUAACGACUAUUCAAUGAUUCAUUCCAUGCUCCUGCCUAUACACAAUGUUAUAUAGUUCAACGCUUCGCAUCCAGCAU